AAGAAAGUGUACAAUUCUAUUUGUUAAAUAUCUCACUCUGGCUUCUAGGUAUAGAAAAAUAUCUGGGAUCAGCAGAGAACUUGGAAAUCUGGAAAGUCCAAUGACAUUGGACAGGGGAAAUAAAAGAUCCACUGUCCAGUGAGAAACAGAGAAGUAACAGAAACCACUCCACCUAACUGAGAAGGAAAAAGAAGAGACUAAGGAACACUCUGAACAUGGCCUCAGAGAUGGUGAUGCCAGCCCCCGUGUGCCUCAUUGAGAACACUGGAGAGCAACUGGUGGCUAAUCAGGAAGCUCUGAAGAUCCUGUCAGCCCAUAAGAAUCCUCUUGUGGUGGUGGCUAUUGUGGGUCUCUACCGCACAGGCAAAUCCUACCUGAUGAACAAGCUGGCUGGGAAGAAUAAGGGCUUUUCUCUAGGCUCCACAGUGCAGUCCCAUACGAAAGGAAUCUGGAUGUGGUGUGUGCCUCAUCCCAAGAAGCCAAACCACACCUUAGUUCUUCUGGACACUGAGGGCCUGGGAGAUGUAGAGAAGGGUAAUAACCAGAAUGACUCCUGGAUCUUUGCCCUAGCAAUACUCCUGAGCAGCACCUUUGUGUACAACAGCAUGGGAACCAUCAACCAGCAGGCCAUGGACCAACUACACUAUGUGACAGAGCUGUCAGAUCGAAUCAGGGCAAAAUCCUCCCCUAAUGCCAAUGGGUUUGAAGAUUCAGCUGACUUUAUGAGCUUCUUUCCAGAUUUUGUGUGGACACUGAGGGAUUUUUCCUUAGAUUUGGAAGUAAAUGGACUACCCAUCACAGCAGAUGAGUACCUGGAGAAUUCACUCAAGCUUAAACGAGGUACCACUGAAAGUGACCACAAUUUUAAUCUGCCCCGUCUCUGUAUCCGGAAGUUUUUCCCAAAGAAGAAAUGCUUUAUCUUUGAUCGACCCACUCACAGGAAGAAGCUAGGCCAGCUUGAGACAUUGCAUGAUAAUGAGCUGGAUUCUGAAUUUGUGCAACAAACUGCACUCUUCUGUUCCUACAUCUUUAGCAAUUCCAAAACUAAAACUCUUUCAGGAGGCAUCCAAAUCAAUGGACCUCGUCUAGAGAACCUGGUGUUGACCUAUGUCAACGCCAUCAGUAGUGGGGAUCUGCCCUGCAUGGAGAAUGCAGUUCUGGCCUUGGCCCAGAUCGAGAAUGCAGCUGCAGUGCAAAAGGCCAUUGCCCACUAUGACCAGGAGAUGAGCCAGAGGGUGCAGCUGCCCACAGAAACCCUCCAGGAGCUGCUGGACCUGCACCAGGCGUGUGAGAAAGAGGCCAUCGAACUCUUUAUGAAUAGUUCCUUCAAAGAUGUAGACCAUUUAUUUCAAAAGGACUUAGGGGCCCAACUAGAAAAGAAGCGAGAUGACUUUUUUAAACAGAAUCAGCAAGCAUCAACAGAUCGUUGCUCAGAUUUACUUAAGGAUAUUUUCAGUCCUCUAGAAGAAGCUGUGAAGCAGGGGAUUUAUUCUAAACCAGGAGGAUAUCGUCUCUUUAUCCAGAAGAUGCAAGAGCUAAAGAGAAAGUACCUUCAGAAACCUGGGAAGGGGAUACAGGCUGAAGAGGUUCUUCAGGAAUACUUGAAGUCCAAAGAGUCUAUGACUGAUGCCAUUCUGCAGACGGACCAGACUCUCACAGAAAAGGAAAAGGAGAUCGAAGUGGAACGUGUGAAAGCCGAAUCUGCACAGGCUGCAGCAAAAGCACUGGAGGAAAUGCAAAUAAAGAAUCAGCAGAUGAUGGAACAGAAAGAGAGGAGCUAUCAGGAACAUGUGAAACAAUUAACUGAGAAGAUGGAGAGGGAUAGAAUCCAGUUGCUGGAAGAACAAAAGAGAACUCUAGCUUGCAAACUUCAGGAACAGUCCCAACUACUAAAGGAAGGAUUCCGAAAUGAGAGCAAACAACUUCAUAAUGAGAUAGAAAAUCUCCGGAGGAACAUGGCAAGGCCAAGGACAGUAUGCGUCAUAAGCUGAAGACUUAAAGAACAGAGCUUUUCUGGUCACUCGUUUUUUUUUUUUUUUUUUAACUUUUAUUUUUUUAUUU